AAGGUGCUUGCUAUUGAUUAUCUUCUACUAAUCUAGUUAGCAGAGCUAACGCUCGAAAUCGGCACCAAAAUGAAGAACUUGUUGUUGCUGCUGUUCUUUGUUGGUCCUGCGACUUACAGGAUGGUGGAGAGCUCUAGUGGAGCCAAUUGUGGUGUCUUAACCAGGAGUCGAUCUUGCUGUGUUUUCCCGUUCGUUUACAGAGGAAAACAAUACUUCAGCUGCAUCAAAGGACGUUCUUCGUGGUGCUCUAUCACACCUAACUAUGAUAUAGAUGGCAAAUGGGAUUACUGUGCCGGAAUGGAGGGUAAGAUCACGUUGGAUGAUCAAGGCUGGGUUUAUGCAAAUGGUCGACCAAUGACCAGAGACAACGGACGGUGGAAUGUCAUUCAAGA